AUGGGAAUUCUAUCAUAUGUUGGUAGUUUUUUUGAUACAGCUCCACCAAAUCAAAUGUUUUCGGAUCGCUAUGUACUUGUUACUGGAUGUGAUUCCAUUGUCGGUAAUUGGGUCGCAAGAGCUCUACACAAAAGGGGUUAUUAUGUAUUUGCUGGAUGUCUGACAGAAACAGCAUUCAAAGAAUUUCUCGCACACAAUUCUGCCCCAAAUUUCAGACCUUUUUUAUUUGAUAUCACAAAAGAUACAUCUAUUCAACAAUGUGCUAGAAUGGUCGCUCAUGAAACAAAAGAUAAAGGCUUAUUUGCAUUGGUUAAUAGCGCAGGUUGUAAUGAAGGAUUUGCAUUCGAGUUCACUUCUAAUGAUCAAAUCUUAAAAACCAUGGAUGUAAAUUUUAUGGGACCAACCAAAAUAAUUAAAGCUUUGUUGCCCAGUCUAAAACAAAAUAUUAGAUAUAACCUCAAAAAAGCACAAAAACACCAAGAUAUAUCACCAAGAAUUGUAAUGAUGACUUCUGUAUUGGGCAGAACAACCAUACCAUUCUAUGGUGCAUAUAGUGCAUCUAAACAUGCUUUAGAAGCUAUGCUUGAUACUGUUAGAGUUGAGUUAUUGCCAUGGAAAAUCCAUAUUUCGAUGAUUGAAUCAGUUCCUUUGACAAGCAGAUUAACUCAUCCUGAUCUUUUGGAAAUCUCUAAAAAAUUCUUUGCUUCUCCAGAAAUUACUCAACAAACUCUUACUCUUUAUGGCGAGGAUUAUAUUCAAAAGGCUAUUGAAUUUUGGCAAAAACUUCAUUCUAGUCAUGAUGAUCCUAACAAAGAGAUUGUAAGAACUGUUGUUGAAGCUAUUGAAAUUGGUUUUCCUAAAGAUCGUUAUGUUAUUGGAACUAUUGCCAAAGUACAAGUUUUCGUACAUAAUGUUUUACCUAGGUGGGUACUUGAUUUGGCUUGGGGUAGUUUGAUUAGAUUAGUUGGUGUUUGGCCAAAAGAAGUAAGAGAAUUGGAAGAUGUUCAUAAUGACAGUAGUCAAUUAUGGACAGACAAAGUUUUAUCAGAAAUUCCAUUAUUCCUUGCCAAAUACAGAAAUCAAAGUAUUUUUAAAGACUUUGAUGAAUUAAAUAUUAAAGCAAAAUAUGAUGAUGAUGGUGUUGAUGUUAUAACUUUUGAAAAAAGAAUUCAAGACAAACAUAUUAUUGAUGGUAUUUAUUUAUCAAAAUAUCAAGGAGAUAAACCUAAACCUUCAUCUGAUGCAAUGAUCAUUGAGAGUUAUAGAAUCAGAUCUUCAUUUGGUAUGAGUUUUUGGAGUAUAAACUUGUAUGAUAUGUUGCCUGUUGCCUAUAUAAUGUUGUUAAAGAAGACAUUUAACAAUAUUGGUUGCUAUGUGAUGAAAGUCGAAAUGUGUGACGAAAGUGACGAAAUUACUAGCUUAAAAACAGAGAAUAAAUACGACAAUAAUAUUUGGUUGGGAAGUGAUCGAAGCGCUUGGUCAGUUUCUUAUCAUGGUACCGAGAAAGUAAAUGUCAAUCCAAUCGCUAAAGAUGGUUAUUUAUUAAAUAAGGGGGAAAGAUUUUUGUAUGGAGAGGGGAUUUAUUCUUCACCUGAAAUUAGUGUUGCUGAAGCUUACGCGACGAUUUUUAAUCAUAAUGGUGAAAAGUACAAAUGUAUGAUUCAGAAUAGAGUUAAUCCCACAAAUCUGAUAAUAAUUCCCAGAAGCGUAACCUUGGUUGGUGACUAUUGGAUUACGAGCGAAGAAAAUAUAAGACCUUAUGCAAUUUGUACUAAAAAAGUGUAA